GCAGCGCAGCCCCGGGCCGGCCCCGCGCCCCACGCCGACAGCGGAGGCCGCACGGCCUGGCCCUACGCCUACGCCGCUGACGUCACGUCAUCUUGCGGGACGUGGACGGAAGAAAAAGGAGAGUCGGCCGGCGCCAGCAUCGGCCCCGCGUGGACUGCGGGCGGGGCGGCGGGGCCGGGCGCGCGGCGGCGAGGCAGGCACUUCUAUCAGUGACCACAUCGCAACAUGUUGAGUCAAGUCUGCCGCACUGGCUUCCAGCCCUUCAACCAGCGUCUCCUGCCCUGGGCUCAAUCCACAGCUCUCUCCAGAUCGCAUCCUGUCCAGCCUUCAACCAUCAGAAAUGUCCGUUCUUGGAGCAACAUCCCAUUUAUCACCGUACCCCUUAGUCGCGCACAUGGCAAGUCUUUUGCCCACCGCAGUGAGCUGAAGCAUGCCAAGAGAAUCGUGGUGAAACUCGGAAGCGCCGUGGUGACCCGAGGGGAUGAAUGUGGCCUGGCACUGGGACGCCUGGCAUCUAUUGUUGAGCAGGUGUCAGUGCUACAGAAUCAAGGCCGAGAGAUGAUGCUGGUAACUAGUGGAGCCGUAGCUUUCGGCAAGCAACGCUUGCGCCAUGAGAUCCUUCUGUCUCAGAGCGUGAGGCAGGCCCUGCACUCGGGGCAGAACCAGCUGAAGGAGAUGGCAAUUCCUGUCUUAGAAGCCCGAGCCUGUGCAGCUGCGGGACAGAGUGGACUGAUGGCCUUGUAUGAAGCCAUGUUUACCCAGUACAGCAUCUGUGCUGCCCAGAUUUUGGUGACCAACUUGGAUUUCCACGAUGAACAGAAGCGCCGGAACCUCAAUGGGACACUUCAUGAGCUCCUCCGAAUGAACAUCGUCCCCAUUGUCAACACGAAUGACGCUGUUGUCCCCCCAGCUGAGCCCAAUAGUGAUCUCCAGGGGGUAAAUGUUAUUAGUGUCAAAGAUAAUGACAGCUUGGCUGCCCGGCUGGCUGUGGAAAUGAAAACUGACCUCUUGAUUGUUCUUUCAGAUGUGGAAGGCCUCUUUGACAGCCCCCCAGGGUCAGAUGAUGCAAAGCUCAUUGACACAUUUUAUCCUGGAGAUCAGCAGUCUGUGACAUUCGGCACCAAGUCCAGAGUGGGAAUGGGUGGCAUGGAAGCCAAGGUGAAAGCGGCCCUCUGGGCUUUGCAGGGUGGCACUUCGGUGAUUAUUGCCAAUGGAACCCACCCAAAAGUGUCUGGGCAUGUCAUCACAGACAUCGUAGAGGGAAAGAAAGUUGGCACCUUCUUUUCCGAAGUGAAGCCUGCAGGCCCCACUGUCGAGCAACAGGGAGAAAUGGCUCGAUCAGGAGGAAGGAUGUUGGCCACGUUGGAACCAGAGCAGAGAGCAGAGAUUAUCCAUCAUCUGGCUGAUCUGUUGACGGACCAUCGCGAUGAGAUCCUGUCAGCCAACAAGAAAGACUUGGAGGAGGCAGAGGGGAGACUUGCCCCUCCUCUGCUGAAACGAUUGAGCCUCUCCACGUCUAAGUUGAACAGCCUGGCCAUCGGUCUGCGGCAGAUUGCAGCCUCCUCCCAGGACAGCGUGGGGCGCGUUUUGCGCCGGAUCCGAGUUGCCAAAAACUUGGAACUAGAACAAGUGACUGUCCCAAUCGGAGUCCUGCUGGUCAUCUUCGAGUCUCGCCCCGACUGUCUACCCCAGGUGGCAGCCUUGGCUAUUGCAAGUGGUAAUGGCUUGUUACUCAAAGGAGGGAAGGAGGCUGCACACAGCAACCGGAUUCUUCAUGUCCUGACCCAGGAGGCUCUCUCGAUCCAUGGAGUCAAGGAGGCCGUACAGCUGGUGAAUACCAGAGAAGAAGUGGAAGAUCUUUGCCGACUAGACAAAAUGAUAGAUCUGAUCAUUCCACGCGGCUCUUCCCAGCUGGUCAGAGAUAUCCAGAAAGCCGCCAAGGGGAUCCCGGUGAUGGGGCACAGUGAGGGGAUCUGCCACAUGUAUGUGGAUUCAGAGGCCAGUGUCGAUAAAGCCUCCAGACUGGUCAGAGACUCUAAAUGUGAAUAUCCAGCUGCCUGUAACGCUUUGGAGACUCUGUUGAUCCACCGAGACCUGCUGAGAACACCCCUGUUUGACCAGAUCAUCGAUAUGCUGCGAGUGGAACAGGUGAAAAUUCACGCAGGCCCCAAGUUCGCUUCCUAUCUGACCUUCAGCCCCUCGGAGGUGAAGUCCCUCCGAACUGAGUACGGGGACCUGGAGCUGUGCAUUGAGGUGGUGGACAGCGUCCAGGAGGCCAUCGACCACAUCCACAAGUACGGCAGCUCCCACACGGACGUCAUCGUCACGGAGAACGAGAAAACUGCAGAGUUCUUCCUGCAGCACGUUGACAGUGCCUGUGUGUUCUGGAACGCCAGCACCCGCUUUUCCGAUGGCUACCGCUUCGGGCUGGGAGCUGAAGUGGGAAUCAGUACCUCACGGAUCCACGCUCGGGGACCAGUAGGACUUGAGGGACUGCUUACUACUAAGUGGCUGCUGCGAGGGCAGGACCACGUGGUCUCGGAUUUCUCCGAGCAUGGAACUUUAAAAUACCUUCACGAGACCCUCCCUGUUCCUCAGAGCAACACCAACUGAGAGCCGCAGAGGAGAGCAGGUGUUCCGAGAGGUCCUCACCGCUGAGCUCGCUUCGGGACCUGGGGCUGAGCCGGUCGCAGCUCCCGCUCCCAAAGGCCUCCCUGCUGUGGGCUCAUUUUGGCAGCGUUGGUCUUGGCUAAUGACUUGCAAUCCAGCUCACCGUUUUCUUUUCCUCUUUUUAAGUUAGAAUAAUUACUAUGGAUAGGGACUUUCUUAAUUGCUCUAAAUAGGGACUUUGCUUUGCAUGGUCCAGUUUUCUUCAGUGAUAGAAACAAAGGUAUGGUCUCCAAUGUAAGAAGCAAUGGAAAAAUUCUGGCCGCUUCUCCCCCUUUUACUGCCUCAGUGAGGUAAAGUCUCCCUUGGCAUUUGGUUGGUACCAGAGCCAGCCAUACCUAAUACAUGCUUCCACAUUUCUUUCACACUCGUAGUCAUCUUCAAAAAAGAAAGGUCUGGUACUUAGACGUGGGGCACCAUUCUCAUCAAAAACAAUCACCAAAAUGGGCCAAAUCAUCUCCACUGGGACGUUGAUCGUUUGUAUUUAUUUGUGGAGUAACUAUAAGCAUUCCGGACGCUCGCAGCCUCUCCGGGUCCAGGAGAUUGGCAAUACUUGUGAUGCAGUUGGAACCUGGAGCUCAGACAGGAGGUGUGGGUGUCAGGGUGAAGUAUCUCACGAUUAUGCUUGAAAUUUUUAUAUGAGUUUUUGUCAUCCUAUCCUUUCCCUCCAAAAUAAAAUUAGAGGAUUAUUUUAAUACUUUGGAUUCUUCCCCCUUUUUGAGAAAUAAAGUUCUUAUGAAAA